CCUGUUUGAGCGCAUAUAUUUGUGUCUCACUGUAGAUUUCGGUCGAAGUGUUCGUUAUUUUGAACUCGCGUGUGCGGCAAACUUCAUGUGAUUGAGAAAGUGAGGUUAUGUGAUUGUUGUGAUUUGGUGAGUUUCUCACGUGGAUUAUCUUUAAUUAUCACUCACAAUCGAUGCAAAAUACGCAUGAAAUCAUGUCGUUUGAGUUCAAUUAUGUACCAAAGAAGAGAAAGCCGGUGGAGGAAAUUGCAGAAACCUCAAGGAAACGUGUGAAAACGAAGAAAGAAACCACUGAGGAAGCGCCAAAGGAAGCCAUACGUUCUGCCGCAAAGAAGAAGCUGGUUCGAAACCCAUUUGCCACUGUGCGUCGCCCUGCUGCUGCUGACAAUGCAGAACUUCAAGCGGUCUGGACGAUUCCGGAGCUUCUGGCUGAAUUCGAGAACAUCUCACCGACCGUUGCUGAGAACAUUGUUCAGCUUUUCGAGCAGGACAACACGAUUCCCUUCAUCUGUCGCUACCGGAGACAUUUGGUGGAUAAUCUGGAGCCUGACAAGUUGCGUGAGAUCAAGUCGUCCAUUUAUAAGAUCAAUCAGCUGAGGACCAGAGUGACUUUGAUGGGGAAAACGCUGGAGAAGGAGAAAUUGCUGACCAGUGAUUUGCGGGAGACAAUUAGCAAGGUGAAGACCAUGGAGGAGCUGAACCACAUCUAUGAGUACUACAAGCCCGCCAGGAAGAAGUCUCUGGUGGAGAAGGCGACGAAUUUGGGGCUUUUGCCGGUGGCAAAUAUGCUUCUGUCCGGAGAUACGUUGGUCAAUUUCGCCAAUUAUGUCGACCCUUCCGAGAGCGCUCUGAGUUCAGUGGCUGAAGUUAAGGCUGGCGUGGCGAUUCUCAUCUCGAGCAUAAUCAUGAAGAAUGCCAAAUUGCUGGACUUCAUUCGGGAGAAGAGAAAGACUUCGAAGAUUGAAUUGCAAUCAAGUCAAGCCAAAGCGAAAGCUUCUGAUGGUCAAAACUCAGCAGAUCCCACAAAAUACGAGCUGUACUUCAACUUUAAAACGCUUGUGUCUCACAUUCGUCCACAUCAAGUUCUGGCCAUUAAUCGUGGCGAGAAGAACAAGAUCUUGAGUGUGAAGAUCAACAUUCCGAGUGAGAUGCAGAUUAGUCUUGUCAGAUUCAUCUUUGGACUGUAUCGUGGACAGCUGGAGUACAGAGAGAGGACUGAAUAUCUACAGAAAAUCAUCAAUGAUAUGUACACGAAGAAGAUUGUUCCUCUGGUCACUAAGGAAGUUCGCCAGGAGUUGAAUGACAUGGCUGAGAAGGCAUCAAUUGAGGUGUUCGCCAACAAUCUUCGACAGCUUCUGCUCAUGUGUCCCGUGAAGGGUGAGAGAAUUUUGGGAAUUGAUCCGGGUUUUUCUCACGGCUGCAAACUUGCCAUGAUUUCUGAGCAAGGCACUGUCUUGGAAACCGCUGUAAUCUAUCCGCACACCAAGAAGGAUGUCAGCACGGAUGCUGUCAGUAUUCUCCAUCAAAUGUUGACCAGACACAAGUGUCGUAUCGUCGCUCUGGGCAAUGGAACGGCUUGUCGGGAGACAGAAUCACUGCUGAUGGAUGUGAAGAUGCGCACACGGCUGGAUCUCACGUACUGCAUCACGAGUGAACAGGGUGCUUCUGUGUACUCUUGCAGUGAGAUUGCGAAGAAGGAGUUUCCGGAUCUCGAUGUGAAUCUCAUCAGUGCCGUGUCAAUUGCGCGCCGACUGAACAAUCCCUUGGCGGAGUUUGUCAAGGUGGAGCCCAAGCACUUGGGCGUUGGCAUGUAUCAGCACGAUGUGAAUGAGAAGCUCCUGGCGGAGUCUCUGCAGGAGAUCAUGAUGGAGUGCGUGAGUUUUGUGGGCGUGGACAUCAACACGGCCAGUGAAUUGCUUCUGCAAUCGGUGGCGGGAUUGACGCCAGCGCGGGCAAAAAACAUCAUUGAGUAUCGCCAGAAGAAUGGCUCUUUUGGCUCCAGAGAGGAGCUGAAGAAGGUGAAGCUGAUCGGGGAGAAGACCUUCACGCAGUGCGCCGGAUUCGUGAGGGUGGAGACGAAGACGGCGGGAAAGGUUGUUGAUCCGCUGGACGGAACUUGGGUGCAUCCGGAAAGCUACCACAUUGCUCGAGCCAUUAUCAAGAUUGUGUCGCUGGAGACGAAGGACAUUGGGAGGUUUCACUUCAUCCAGAAAGUGAAGGUGUUCUCCGAGGACACAGAGACGAUUCGGCGCCUGGCCGAAGGCAUGUCGAGCUCCGUUGAGUGCAUAAUGACUGUGUGUGAAGCACUGCAACGGAUGCCAUCGCAGGAUUACCGGGAUGAUCUCAACAAGAGGCCUCACUUCAAGAAAGGACUGACGAAGAUCAGUGAUCUCAAGCCUGAAACCAUUGCCACGGGAAGUAUCACGAAUGUCACGCAUUUUGGCUGCUUCGUGGAUUUGGGUGUGGAGAAGAAUGGACUGAUUCACACGAAAAACCUCCGAGGAUUGAAGCCAGGAAUCGGAGAUAGCGUGGAAGUGACAAUUGUGUCUGUGGACGAGACGCAGGGAAGGAUUCAACUUCGACUGGAGAAGAUUCUCUAAUCUCACAUUG